AUGUUCCUGCUCCCCGGUUUCGUCAUCACCUGGUAUGUCACCAAGACGCCUAUCUCCGAAGCCUACAAGAUCGAACUCAAGAAUUAUCUCUACGCACGUCAGCAUCCAGAAGAUGGAGGAUGGGGUCUACACAUUGAGGGAGAUAGCUCUGUCUUUGGCACAGCCAUGAACUACGUCGCCUUGCGACUCUUGGGUGCUGAUGCAGAAGACCCGCGCUUGAUCAAGGCUCGUGCUCUGUUGCAUAAGUUCGGAGGCGCCGUCAAUGGUCCCCACUGGGCAAAGUUCUGGCUGAGUGUGCUGGGUGUCACGCCCUGGGAUCUUGUCAAUCCUGUGCCUCCGGAGUUGUGGCUGGUUCCUGACUGGGUUCCCAUCGCUCCCUGGAGAUGGUGGAUUCACAUGCGUAUGGUCUUCUUGCCCAUGUCCUUCAUUUGGUCCCGCAAGUGGUCCUUCCCUGCAGACAAGCUGGUCAAACAGCUGAGACAGGAGCUCUUCGUCGACCCUUACGAGUCCAUCGACUUUGCUUCUCACCGCAACUCCAUCUCAAGAGCCGACAACUACCACCCCAAGACGUGGGUCUUGAACCUCAUCAACUGGAUCUUGGUCAACAUCUGGAUCCCUUUCCUACGGACACAGUCGCUGGUCAAGCGCGCAGAGGACUGGGUGUGGUUUCUGGUCAAGCGCGAAGACGAAAACUCCGAUUAUGCCGAUCUUGCCCCCGUCAACGCGCCCAUGAAUAUGCUCUGUUGUUACAUCGUCGAUGGUCCUGACAGCUAUUCUGUUCGUCGACACCGUGAGCGUUUGGAAGAGUUCCUAUGGGUCAAAGAUGAAGGUAUGCUGGUCAAUGGCACAAACGGUGUCCAGAACUGGGAUACUUCUUUCCUCAUCCAGGCCGUCAUCGAAUGCGACAAGGCCGAAGACCCCAAAUGGAGGCCCAUGCUCGAGAAGGCUUUGGAGUAUCUUGAUAUUGCUCAAAUACGUGAGGAGUGUGUCGAUCAGCAUAUUACUUACCGUCAACAGCGAAAGGGUGCUUGGGGUUUCAGCACAAAGGGACAAGGCUACACUGUCUCUGACUGCACGUCCGAAGGCAUCAAAUCCGUACUUAUGCUCCAAUUCCUACCCAGCUACCCUCAGCUCAUCUCGGAUGAACGCAUCAAAGAAGCCAUCGAUGUCCUCCUCACCAUGCAGAACAAGAAGUCCGGCGGCUGCUCUUCCUACGAACCCCAACGCGGCUCCGAAUUGCUAGAAUGGCUCAAUGCGGCAGAAGUCUUUGGCCGCAUCAUGGUCGAAUACGAUUACCCAGAAUGCACAACCGCCGUGGUGACAGCAUUGACCCUGUUCGCCAAACUCUACCCAGGCUACCGCAGCCGAGAAAUCGCAGUGUUGAAGAAGGGCGCUUACGAGUACAUCCGAAACGCACAACGCGCAGAUGGCUCAUGGUACGGCAGCUGGGCCAUCUGCUUUACCUACGCAGGCAUGUUUGCACUAGAAGCCCUGGCUACAGCAGGAGAGAACCACACAAACUCUGCUCGGGUGCGCAAAGGGUGCAAGUUCUUUAUCGACAAACAGAUGAAGGAUGGCGGAUGGGGAGAAACAUAUCGCAGCUGUGAGACUGGCGAGUACUGCCAGCACAGACAGUCUCAAGUCGUGCAAACAGCUUGGGUAGUAAUUGCCCUCAUCGAAGCCGGAUACCCCGACAAAGCGCCUAUUGAGAAGGCCAUCAAGCUCAUCAUGUCGCGCCAACAGCCCAAUGGCGAGUGGCUCCAAGAAGGCAUUGAAGGUGUCUUUAACAAGAGCUGGUGA